AUGGCGGCAUUCCACUCGCUCAGCUACUGGCAGGUCAAAGAGAAUGUCCACAUCGAGAUGGAUCAUCACUUGGCCGAAUACGCCAAAAUGACGGAGGAAGGGCCACCGCCAGCUGCAAGCCAUCAAUGGAGCCUUUCGCAAGUUGCACAAGAAGUUGCAAUUCCCUGCAUGUGUGCCUUGAGUCCGAACGCCAUGUGGCUCACCACCUCUCUGGCUGGUCAAGCGCUUCCCGGCAACACGAGCUUGUGGAAAGCCUGGCGUCAGACGCGCGAUCGUACUGAGCGGGGUGUGUACCUCCUGCUCGGCUUUCUGGCCAUCUCACGGCUUCUUCUGAACGCAGGAGGUCGUCCGGAAGUACAAGUCGCCGGUCGGUCGACAAUCUUGGACGCUGUUGCCUACACUCCCUACAAUGACCUCUCGGAAGUCGUGAAUGCAUAUCCGGGCACAAUCAAUCUCAUCCAGCCAACGAAUUUGGGCUUUUUCGCGAAAACCUACGGCGAAGCCAAUGCAGCAGUACUUCCCCUCGGCAGUCACAUGGCUAGUGAAACAAGCACCGUCCAAGGCGUCUUUCCCGGCGUGAUCAUAAGCGAUAUGAGCAUGCCCUCCGGUUCCUCCAUCGCUGAAUUCCAAAGUGAAUCUUGGGACAAGGUCAUUAAAAGCAGUCACGACUCCCUCGAGGUUUCUUUGGCAUGGUCGAAUCGACUUCGGACCGUCAACGGUGAACCGAAGGAGCGCGCUGCGGUAGUAUCCAAAGUGGGCAUGUGCGGUAUGGUCAACGACACAGUGUACGAAUACGCCUGUGCGAUGCUCGGAUUCACUGCUGUCCAGCUGAGCAUCACGUCCGCGGAGGGCUACAUUCUGUCCAGCACCAUUCUCGGCUUUUCAGAGCAGCCGCGAUUCCAGGUGGGAGGCUUAGACCCAACGACUUUCUUGCCACAGCUCUUCAUGACCUUCAACCCGAGCAAUGCAGACGUGGCACAAGCUUGCAAGUCCGGCGGUGUGGCCCUCCUAACGAACACUAUGCUGCACGAACUCAGAGGCGAGUACACCUACAUCAAGCAACCCGGUGUUGUCGGUCGGUACAGUCCAGGGACCAUCACCUUCUCCGUUCUUGGCGUGUCUUUGUUCGUCGGCGUCAACGUGAUGGCAUUUUUGCUCCUCUCUGCCAUACUUGUCCUCGUCACACAGCGGCAAGAAGUUCGACAGUCGCCCUCGCUACUCACCAUUGCGCGAUGGUCUGAAGAGCUCAGUGAGCUUGUGCUUGCAGCUCUUCAAGAGAAGGGCGGAGAAAUCUGGCAGGCGGAAAGUGUUGGCAAGGAGCCAAUCUAUGCCCACGAGGGCUGUGAUCGCACUACUCUUCGGCGCAGCGCGCCAAUCUAA